AUGUUCGACUUGGAGUACUUCCAGGAGCCCCUGUUGCUUCCUCCUCCCCGCGCGAGGACCUGUGGCCCGGCAGGUACCGACCCACCGCCUCCCACCACUUCCUGCGCCUCCUGCCUCCGCGGGCAGGGGCCUGCUGCGGCGCGUCUACACCCAGAACAUCGACUCGCUGGAGCGGGAGGCCGGGCUGCCCGCCGAGCUCGUCGUCGCGGCCCACGGCAACUUCGACGGCUGCCACGUCGUCGGCGAUCCCGCGACGUGCCGCCGGAGGAGCUGCGGGCGGCGCUCGAGGGCCGCGGGGGCGGCUGGCAGGGCCUGCGGGAGCGCCGGGGCGGGCUGGUCAAGCCGAGCAUCACCUUCUUCGGCGAGGAGUUGCCGAGGCGCUUCUUCUCGCUGAGGAGGGCGGACCUGCAGGAGAGUGCGAGCUGCUCAUCGUGA